UAUUUUGUUCACAGAAAAGAUGAGAUAAAAGCAGUUAUCAAUGAGGCCCAUGUAUUGCUGCGUUCAGCGAUUGUGAAUCGAAAAGUUCGAAAAAGCAAGAUGAAAAUUGGUGGUGGAGUGGUCUGUGGAAGUCCACGCGCCGCCGUUCUACCCUCACUGCUCCUCGGCCGCCGUGGAGUCACUAUCCGCUGCUCUUCAUCUUCUUCGACUUCCGACCAUGUAUCAUUCAUCAAGGAUGUUGCGGCAACUGAGCCUCCUCAGCAUUUGUCUAAUUUGUUGAAAAUGCUGAAGACUAGAGGUGAAUCCAUAAUUUCUCCUGGAGCCAAGCAAGGAAUUAUUCCUCUUGCCAUUCCACUGGCUAAAAACAGCUCAGGUACUAUAACUGCAUUGCUGCGCUGGCCAACAGCACCCGCUGGGAUGGAAAUGCCAGUAGUAGACGUCAAUAGGAAUGGAGUGUGGCUACUAGCCAAGAACGUGGAUCAAUUUAUUCACAGACUUCUAGUGGAAGAAGAUGCCAAAGGAAGUGGAGAGCAAAAUGAUGAGCUAUUUCUUGCAGCAGCUGAUGCUGGGCAGAAACUUUAUGAAAGGGGUGAUUUUGCUGAAUCUCAGAUCAAAAACAUUGAUGGGUAUUUGCUGAAAAAGGUUGGGAUAUUUCCAGAUAUCAUAGAACGUAAAAUAUUGCGCCAUUUUGAAGAAGGCGACCUUGUUUCAGCUCUGGUGACGGGAGAAUUCUAUACUAAAAAGGAGCACUUCCCGGGAUUUGCACGGCCAUAUGUAUUUAAUGCAGAGGUUUUGCUGAAGGUGGGACGUAAAACAGAAGCAAAGGAUGCUGCGAGGGGAGCCUUAAAAUCACCAUGGUGGACCCUAGGCUGUAAGUAUGAGGAAGUUGCUAAUAUCGCUCAAUGGGAAGAUGAACAAAUUGAGUAUUUGAAAGAGAAGGUCACAGAAGAAGGAAAGCUAGAAGACCUCAAAAAGGGAAAGGCUCCUGCCCAGGUUGCCUUGGAUCAAGCUGCCUUUUUGUUGGAUUUAGCUUCGGUUGAUGGGACUUGGGACAUCUCUGUGGAGCGUAUUGCUCAAUGUUAUGAAGAGGCUGGCCUUCAGGAGAUUGCGAGAUUCGUACUUUACAGAGACUGAAUACAAACAGAGGCAUUUUUCUUCUCUACACUCUUCAUUUUCAUUGUCUUCUUCCUUCUGGCUAUAUAAUUAUAUCUGUAUUUCUUCAUUGUGUAAACAUCAUUCUUUUUCUCUCCCCUAUGGAUGAGACAAUCCUUUCCCUACAAGAAUCGGUAGACUGAGGGACAAGGAAUACUCAAAGUUUCUCUUGAUAAAUUAUAAUGGUUUUUUCUAAAGCAUAUAAGAAAUGUCAGAGAAAUGUGUUUGAACAUUUUUGUUUC